AUGGCUCGUACAAAGCAAACUGCUCGUAAAUCGACUGGUGGUAAGGCACCACGUAAACAAUUGGCUACUAAGGCCGCACGCAAAAGUGCGCCCGCAACUGGCGGUGUAAAAAAACCACAUCGUUAUCGUCCGGGAACUGUAGCUUUGCGUGAAAUUCGUCGCUAUCAAAAGAGUACAGAACUCUUAAUUCGCAAACUGCCAUUCCAGCGUUUAGUCCGUGAAAUUGCACAGGAUUUCAAAACUGAUUUACGUUUCCAGAGUUCUGCUGUAAUGGCU